AUUAUACUUAAUAACUAACCAAGACGAUUUCUGUAAUUUAGUUGUUUUUCCGUUGUUGAAAAUUGACGAAUGUGUUCUUGUUUAACGUCUGUGUGACAAAACCACACGCUUUCAAACAUGGCUGCGCCCGCAAAGAGCACGGAUGCGUCAAUAUCAGUUACUACGGGUCAAUCGGAAAAUGUUUCAUUACAGUAUAGCCUUAUUCUGGAUCACCUUAUCGGUGACAAAAGGCAAAUUAAAGACCUGAAUCCGACUGUUAUGGGUGCUUUACCGAGUCCUCAGAAAACAGAGGAGCAGAAGAUGAUCGAGAGGGGAAUGGAGAGCUGCGCGUUUAAAUCACUCAUAGCAUGUGUCGGAGGGUUUGUGUUGGGAGGUGCCUUUGGUGUCUUCACAGCCGGUAUUGACUCCAACGUUGGGCUUGAUCCCAAAGACCCCCUAAGGACCCCCACAGCAAGAGAGGUGCUGAGAGACAUGGGGCAGAGAGGAAUGUCAUAUGCUAAAAACUUUGCUAUUGUGGGUGCAAUGUUUUCAUGCACGGAGUGUCUCAUAGAAUCACAUCGUGGGAAAUCUGACUGGAAAAAUGCAGUGUAUAGUGGCUGUGUUACAGGAGGUGCUAUUGGAUUCAGAGCUGGUCUUAAAGCUGGAGUUCUGGGCUGUGGAGGUUUUGCUGCUUUCUCUGCUGCCAUUGAAUACUACCUCAGAUGAACAGCAGCUUCAGGACCGUUACCAUGUUCUGUAUAAUGGAAGACAUUAUCACGGGGAACAUUGUGCAAUCUUCUUCUGUCCCAGCAAUCAAGAGGCGUUCCAUCCCUCCAGAAGAGUGGAGUGGACCAAUAGGACAACAAACUCAAGCAGUUGUUUUCUUUUUACAAGUUUUGUUCUUUUUCUCUUUUUUUUUUUUUUUCCCCUGAGUCUUGAUUGUUCUCCGUCAGACCAUCUGAUGAUGCACAUCUCCUAAAAACCUCCUAGGAUGAUAUUUGUACAUAAUUGGACCUAAAAUGAUAUGCUUUGUGCUGGUUGUUGCACUGAGCAAAAUAAGAAAAAAUGUACAGUGGUAUACCUUGUCUGUGGAAGAAAUAAUAAAGAGUGGUAUCAGGUAGGAUAGGGGUGUAACGGGGUAUGAAAUCUCCAUAUUUGUACACACUAUAUUAUGUUAUGUAGCCGAGUGAAAUAUUAACACACAGCUUCUUAGUAAACAAAGGCUGCUCAGUUUAAAAGAAUUCACCAAAUCAGAUUUAUUUUCUUUCAAAGUGGUGUUUGGAUUUACAAGUCUCCAGAAAAUAAGCUCAAUCAAGUGUUUAUAUUAGUUUCACUCUGUAGCCCCUUUCUAAAAGGACAGUUCUUAAAAUGUCAUCCUACAAACAAACAGAAACCUAAAUAUUUAUAUGAAAUCUGAUACAAUAUAUAUAUAUGUGAAAAUCAAAAUGUUAUCAAAAAUAAGAGGCAGGGAGUGCUAAAGGUUGUGCAUUAGGAAAUCAGAAUGAAAUCAUGCUUUGAGGUCAAGCUGACAUAGCAAGGAAGUGUGUUUUCCUCACCAGGAAACAGAUAAUGCAAACAUGCUUCUGGCUACUUCCCAGUUCUCUGAAAAGUUUCCUUUCCCACUGGCCUCUGAACAAGAGUUAAUAAUGCUGAACUGAGUUUGGAGAUGCAGCCAAGGAAUGAAUUGGAAAUAAGCGUACGUUUUGUUAUAGCCUUCUGGACCACUGAUGAAAUGCUUUUAAAUCCAUGCAAAAAUCAAAACACAGUAGAUGUAUAACUUGGAUUUGAACUGACCUUAAAAUGAAGCCCACAUUGUCUAAUUUUAUGAGGAAUGGAUGCCGUUCAGAAAACUGGGUAACAUUACAGACUUUUAGAGUUUGGAUUUCCUUUAAAGUAGUUUAACGAAUGCAAACAGAAAACAAUAUAGCAAGCAAACAGAACUUCAUUUAAAAUUAUUUUAAGACUUAAACAGAAGCAUGUUUAUCGGACAAACUUAGCUGUAACAAUUUAUUCAAAUUAUACAUAGAAAUCAAACCUACUAGCAUAAAGAAUUAAAGUGUACAUUACACUGUGAUACAGGUGUUUUUCUUAGUUGUGCAAAUGUACUUUGAACAUUAAAAUAACAACAAAAAAAAGUGAGCAGAGAUGGUCACAACCUAAAACACCGCCUGCCCAGGGCUCCUGUGCAUUGAACUUGUAUCAAUAUCACACAACUUUAAUACAAGGCACUGUAUUUACGAUAUUCCAGACAACACAUCAUUUGGGGUAAAACAGCUUUUAUAGAUUUAAUAAUAUUUAUUAUAGCUUGAUUUUCUAUCCUCAGACUUUUUCAGUUAUCUGCACAUUUUUUUUUGCCUUCAUCCAUUGCUGUUGCAACCAUUUACAGUAAACUAUAAAGCUCCAAACAAAGCACCCAUCAAAAGAGCCUAGUCUAGUUUUGAUAUGUAUUAAAAAUUAGAGCAAGAUGAUACAAAUUCUGAACAUCUACACCUCUUAUUCCUCCACUUCUGUCCUCACAAAAUCUGUUAAAAACAUGCCAGUCAUAUAUUUAAUAUUUAAAAGAAUGAACUCCAUUUCAAGACCAUUAAGCCUUUUUAGCUUUUUUUUUAACUAUUUUUAUGGCAAUUAAACAUUCAUUUCUCAUUACCACUGAAGAAAAUCUCACGCUUUCUUGAAGCUGACUUUUGAAAGAAAGCUGGCUUAAUGACUGUAUUUUGUUACUGAUUUUGGGGGUGAAAUAUGAUCUAGACAUGUUUUCAUCAGAUUCACUCGGUUUGUAAUUUUCAGUAAAAUAACUAAAUAAAGUAAGCCAAAUAUUCCAGUGAGAAAAAUUCCAGUCUUUUUGCUGCCCGAGCCAUAAGCACAGUCAGUCCAGUAGAGAUCUGAGCCUCUGUGGAUGGCAUGCAAGGGAAAGGCUAUGACAGUUUCACUACGUUACUUGUCUGUAAAAAGUGCCUAAAAGAAUCUUUGGUCUACCAAACCUAAAAGUGUUGUAGGUAUUUUCAAUUAGAAAUAUUGUGUCUUUUUGUAAAUCACAGUCUCAUCUUUCACCUCUAAAUAACAGUUGAUAAAUGAUGACAUCUUUAUCAAAUCCUGAGCUGAGAGAGGAGGCCUUGAAGACACUAGACUUCUAUUAUUUUUUUCCAAAAAAAUAUGAUUAUCAGCAUAAUAGACUAUACUACAAGUUCAAGCAUGGCAUAAAUAAGCCUAAAUUGAAUGAUUUAUGGUUAUGCCAUUUCUGGUUAUAAACCUGUUCGUACAUAAUGGAUUUACACUACACUUUGUGAACCUCAAUUUAUAAUAUUAGUGCUAGGCCCCUUAAUUCAAGUCACAUUUAACAGAAUCCAACUUUGUGCGACAGUUUGGGAAGAGUGUAAGAUGUUAUAGCAGCAAAGGAAUGACAAACCCCUAAUUAAUGCCCAUACAUUUGAUUUUUGAUGCUUUUUGGGUGUCUACAUGCUUUCAGCCAUACAGUGUAUUGAUUAGAUUAUGGAUAAGCCUCAUGAUAAGCACUCUAAAAAUCAUAGAGUGAAAAAUGAGAGAACAAAAGAAAAGAGUGUUGGUUAUAGAAAAAUGUACUGUAACAGAUAUCAGUAAACAAUGAAAAGCAUCAACACAAUACACUACAAAAAAAAAAAAAAACAA